AAAGACCCAUUUCCUCAUAAAACAAAGCUCUCAAGUUUUGACUUCUAUCUAAUCACUUAUCUUCUCACUCUCCCCUCUCGCAUUCUCACCCAAUUUCUCCACCUCUCACCUCAGACUCUUCCCAUGGCCUGCUCUGCUGCCUCCACCGCCCUUCUCUCUCUAAACCCAAAAUCCCUCUCUAACUCUCUCUCUCCUCGGACCCUAACCAUCUCCAAAUCCCUCACUCCUCUCACCAAGCCCUUCCAAUCGCCUAUCCACCGCUCGCUUUCCCUCUCUCGCGGCGGCGCUCACUCCCGGAGGAACUUCGUCGUCAGGGCUUCCAGAGAGGUGCCGCUGGUGGGAAAUGUGGCUCCGGAUUUUGAGGCGGAGGCUGUUUACGACCAGGAAUUCAUCAAGGUCAAACUCUCCGAUUACGUCGGGAAGAAAUAUGUUAUCCUAUUUUUCUACCCUUUGGACUUCACAUUUGUUUGCCCUACAGAGAUUACAGCUUUCAGUGACCGCCACGAAGAGUUUGCAGCCCUAAACACAGAAAUUUUGGGUGUUUCAGUUGACAGUGUGUUUUCACACCUUGCAUGGGUUCAAACAGACAGAAAGUCUGGCGGUCUUGGUGAUUUGAAGUAUCCGCUAGUGUCUGAUGUCACCAAAUCAAUUUCAAAAGCUUAUGAUGUGCUGAUUCCCGAUCAGGGGAUUGCGUUGAGAGGACUCUUCAUUAUCGACAAGGAAGGUGUCAUUCAGCACUCGACCGUUAACAAUCUUGCCAUUGGCCGCAGCGUUGACGAGACUAAGAGAACGCUCCAGGCCUUGCAGUAUGUUCAGGAGAACCCAGAUGAAGUUUGCCCUGCUGGAUGGAAGCCCGGGGAGAAAUCCAUGAAGCCGGAUCCCAAGCUCAGCAAAGAGUACUUCGCCGCCAUAUAGAGUGGGGUUGUAUUGAAAUGCUUGUUCCAUAUCAAUGUCAAUGUAGAAAGUUGUAAACGAAGUUUUGUUAAUGUCCUUAAUUUAUUUGCUUGUGAAUCUUGAGCAUCAGUUUGUCAAAAUAAACGCGGAGGAUGGGACUUGCCCAGUUUUCUUGGAUUAAUCAGUGUAGCAGUUGCACAAAUCCUUCUCUCUAAUGUCAUGCCUGUGUUUUAAUAA